AUGUCCAAUACCGAUUUCCUCGGCCGCGCCAUAGACGUGGUUAAGAAGGCAAUCGAGGCUGAUACCGCAGCCGAAUAUGAUAAAGCGUACCAGCUGUACUACCAAUCCCUCGAACUUUUCAUGCUCGCACUCAAAUAUGAGAAGAAUACCAAGUCCAAGGAAAUGAUCCGCGCCAAAGCCGGCGAAUACAUGGAACGAGCCGAAAAGCUAAAAACACAUCUUGCGGAUGCGGAAGGCAAGCGGAAGAAACCCAGCAUGAUGGGUGCGAAUGGGAGUUCGACGGGAGGCAAAGCGAAUGAAGAGGAAGGCGACCCGGAAAACAAGAAAUUGAGAAAUGCAUUACAAGGUGCCAUUUUACAGGAUAAACCGAAUAUCAAAUGGGAGGAUGUUGCGGGUUUGGAAGCAGCCAAAGAGGCACUGAAGGAGGCGGUCAUUCUGCCGAUUAAGUUUCCGCAUUUGUUUACAGGGAAAAGACAGCCUUGGAAGGGUAUUCUGCUAUAUGGACCACCGGGAACGGGAAAGAGUUAUUUGGCCAAGGCGGUGGCUACGGAAGCAAAUAGUACUUUCUUCAGUGUGAGCAGUUCGGAUUUGGUCAGUAAAUGGAUGGGAGAGAGUGAGAGAUUAGUCAAGCAGCUAUUUACCAUGGCCCGCGAAAACAAACCCUCUAUUAUCUUCAUUGACGAAGUAGAUGCUCUUUGCGGACCUAGAGGAGAAGGAGAAUCGGAAGCCUCAAGACGUAUCAAAACGGAAAUGCUUGUACAAAUGGAUGGUGUAGGACGAGACAGUCGAGGCGUGCUAGUUCUGGGUGCGACAAAUAUUCCCUGGCAACUAGAUGCCGCCAUUCGACGUCGCUUCCAACGUCGUGUUCACAUUUCUCUCCCCGAUUUACCUGCACGAACAAAAAUGUUUGAGAUCAGUGUCGGAAGUACACCUUGUGAACUCGUGGCCGCCGAUUACAGGAAAUUAGGAGAGUUGAGUGAAGGGUAUUCUGGAAGUGAUAUCAGUAUUGCGGUUCAAGAUGCGCUGAUGCAACCUGUACGGAAGAUUCAGACUGCUACACAUUAUAAAAAGGUCAUUUCAGAAGGCAUAGAAAAAGUAACCCCCUGCUCGCCUGGCGAUGCUGGCGCCAUGGAAAUGUCUUGGACUGAAAUCGAUUCCGAUAAACUACUCGAGCCAGCUCUUCAAGUAAAAGAUUUCAUCAAAGCCAUCAAGGGAGCUAGACCCACCGUCUCACAAGAAGACAUCCAGAAAAGUACGGAUUGGACCAAUGAGUUUGGUAGUGAAGGUGCUUGA